UGUAUCGUAACCUACAUCAACACCACUACCAACAACGCCACCUCCACUACCAACCGCACCACCACCACCACCACCACCACCACCAGCGCCACUACCACAACCUCAACUUACAUGGCCACCGACGCCAUGGAUCGGCCUCUUCCUCCGCUCGAUUCUGGACGCUUUGUGGCGGCGCGCAGCCAGGAUGUGUUUGUGGAUGUGGAAGGGGUGCACACGGCAGAGAUGCUCUACGCCCUGCGCCACAGUGAGGACCUCACGGCCAGCGGCUGGAAAGAAGGCCAACCCCCUGGCCCCCAGAGACACCGCUGCCCAGGGGAGUUACAGGCAUUGAACUGGUGUGUUGUGGUGGAUACCAUGAACUUCUCCUUUUGGCCAGAGGAAGAGGACAAGCAGUGUGAGGUGACCUACAAAGGGACCACAUACAGAGGCUACAUGACUCUUUGUGCUGCCAUCACCAGAGCUAUAGAAGAAGGCGUACCCAUUACCGACCCGGAAUACUUUUCCCGCAUGAGCCUGGAGCAGUUGAGGCAUGUCCUGCGCUCGGACAACACCACGCCCAUGCCAAUGCUGGUGGAGCGCCACCAGGUUCUCACUGAAGGCGGACGUGUGCUAUUAGAAAAUGGAGGAAACUGCAGGAGCUUCAUCAGCCAAGCCGGGAAUGAUGCCCAGAAAAUGGUGGAACUCAUCGUGGAGAAGCUUCCCUCCUACAGAGAUGCAACUAUUUAUGAGGGGAAAAGCAUCUCCUUCUACAAGCGGGCCCAGAUCCUGGUGGCGGACUUCUGGGGCAUCAUGGAGGCCAGGGGGGAAGGAGACAUCCCGAACCUGGACUGGCUUACCAUGUUCGCAGACUACCGCGUGCCCCAGGCCCUAGUGUAUCUGGGUGCACUACGAUACAGCAAUGCUCUAACUGACACGCUCAAGAAUGGUGAGCUUCUGAGGUCUGGGGACAGGAGAGAGGUGGAGAUCCGUGGAUGUUCCAUAUGGUCGGUGGAGCUGAUUAAAGAGCAUCUAUGCAAGCUGGUGCAAGAGAGAGACGGAGUGCCUUGCAACAUCAAUUCAGCCAUUAUCGACUUUUACCUGUGGCCUUAUGCAAAGAAACUUGAAAAAGAGAUGUCCCAUAUUCCCAUACACCACACACGCUGCAUUUAUUACUGACUGCAUUCUUUAAAUCAAAUGAUAUCUGUAUUUUCUAUUACAAAGUGAUGUUUCUUUGAAAUAAAGUGCAUAUUAAAAACAGGAA